AUGAACAAAAAGACUUUCGUGAGCGAGAAAAACGCUUUCUUCGAUUCUCUCGACGCCGACAUCUUGGUCAAUACUUCGCAGCUUGGGCGGCUUGGACGGAAAAACAGUUGA